GCACCGCCUCAGUCCCUGGGCGCUCGCUGGAGGGGGUGGCUGGGACCGUUAGCUCGCCAGGCUGGCAGGCUCCGGGCCGCUACUCCACUGGCGGCCGAGAUGGAGACGAUGCGAGCACAGCGACUGCAGCCUGGAGUGGGCACCAGCGGGAGGGGUACUCUGCGAGCGCUUCGGCCCGGAGUGACUGGGGCGGCGGUUACCACCGCCACACCCCCAGCAGGGCCCCCGCCCGCACCGCCGCCCCCUGCACCGCCCCCGCCGCCCCUGCUCCUAGCCGGGGCCCCUGGGCUGCCGCUGCCCCCGGGCGCUGCCGGCAGCCCGGCGGUGCUGCGGGAGGCCGUGGAGGCCGUGGUGAGGAGCUUCGCCAAGCACACGCAGGGCUAUGGCCGAGUGAAUGUGGUGGAGGCACUUCAGGAAUUCUGGCAGAUGAAGCAGUCCCGUGGGGCAGACUUGAAGAAUGGGGCUCUGGUGGUUUAUGAGAUGGUUCCCUCCAACAGUCCUCCUUACGUCUGCUAUGUCACUCUGCCUGGGGGAAGCUGCUUUGGGAGUUUCCAGUUUUGCCCUACAAAAGCUGAGGCCCGGCGGAGUGCUGCAAAGAUUGCACUGAUGAACUCUGUGUUUAAUGAACAUCCUUCCCGAAGAAUUACUGAUGAGUUCAUUGAGAAGAGUGUCUCUGAAGCUCUGGCGUCUUUCAAUGGCAACAGGGAGGAAGCUGACAACCCAAAUACAGGGAUUGGUGCUUUCCGAUUCAUGCUGGAAUCCAAUAAGGGCAAGUCAAUGUUGGAGUUCCAGGAACUAAUGACAGUUUUUCAGCUGCUGCACUGGAAUGGCAGCCUUAAGGCCAUGAGGGAAAGACAGUGCUCUCGGCAGGAAGUGUUGGCUCAUUAUUCACACCGGGCUUUGGAUGAUGAUAUUCGCCACCAAAUGGCAUUGGACUGGGUGAGCCGGGAGCAGAGUGUGCCAGGGGCACUGUCUAGAGAGCUGGCCUCUACUGAGCGGGAGCUGGAUGAAGCCCGGCUGGCAGGCAAGGAGCUGCGCUUCCACAAGGAGAAGAAGGAUAUUCUCCUGCUGGCUGCUGGGCAGUUGGGCAAUAUGCAUUCUUCCAACUGUUAGGUGUCCACUCACAUACUCCCUGUCCUCUCUCGGCCCUUUUUUUUUAAUAAUGUCUUUUCUAAGACUUAGUUGAUUUCUGUACAUACUUUCUCAGUUUUAUACUUUAAAAUAUAGAUAUAUAUAUGUAUAUGUAUAAAUUCUACACUUGGAUUCCUA